GCCCAAAACAAGUUUUCAUGACCCAAGUCUUUUAUCACUCUCCUGGUGUUGCGGUUGCUCAACCUAACAAACAUUUACCUCUCUCGCUCUCUCUCUGUCAUCGAAAAGCCAUUUCCUGAUUCCAUCCACUUGUGUCUGUAAGAUGUCAAACUGUACUGUGGAGUCCACCACGGUUGAAACCAGUGAUGGAGUCAAGCUCCAUGCGCGGCUCUUCAAACCGGGAGAAGAAAUCAAGGGCAACUUGGUGGUUGUUCUUGUCCACCCAUACUCAAUCUUGGGUGGUUGUCAGGGCCUCUUGAAAGGAAUAGCAGCUGGGUUGGCGGAGAAAGGCUACAGGGCUGUCACCUUUGAUAUGAGAGGCGCUGGGAAGUCAAGUGGGAGGGCUUCUCUCACUGGGUUUGCGGAAAUCAAGGAUGUUAUUGCUGUCUGCAAGUGGGUCUGUGAGCAUCUGUCUGUGGACAGGAUUUUGUUGGUGGGCUCUUCUGCAGGCGCACCAAUUUCAGGAUCUGCAGUUGAUCAUAUUGAACAAGUUGUGGGCUAUGUGAGUCUAGGGUACCCUUUUGGCAUGACUGCCUCGAUCCUUUUUGGGCGGCACCACAACGCUAUCCUGCAGUCCCCAAAGCCAAAACUCUUUGUCAUGGGAACUCGGGAUGGGUUUACUAGCGUUAAUCAGCUGAAUAACAAGUUGAGUUCUGCAGCAGGGCGUGUUGAAACCCAUUUGAUAGAAGGGGUAAGCCACUUCCAAAUGGAAGGGCCUGCUUAUGAUGCUCAGAUGGUGAAUCUUAUCCUUGAAUUUGUUGCUUCAUUGUAGUAAAUAUCAUCCAGCUCACUGAAUUAUGAUUGGGUUUACUUCUGCUUUGUAUGUAUGUGCUGAUUCACCAUCUUUGUUCAAUUGCAGGAUUAGAUUGUUUUUU